AUGAACAUUUCAUUCGUAAAUUCAACGGAAACCAUUGUCGGUUUCGAAACGCCAUGGACAAGAAAUAUCAAAUUCUUUCUUUUUGUGGCACUUGAACCGCCAGCACUGCUUCUGAACAGUGUUCUUAUCUUCUAUCUCGUUGCUGAUCGAACACUUCGUGGAACUCUUCAAUAUCAUGCCGUUUUAGCAUUACUCAUCGUCACUUUUCUCACCAACUCUAUCGAAGUACCACGCAUCAUUCAUUAUCUGCACUUAGGCAUUGUUUUACCACAAACCGAUCUCAACUGUUUGAUAUGGCAAUGUUGUGAUUAUCUCUUGUUCAGCUCUGUUAAUGUUCUCAUGUGUUGGACAUCGAUCGAACGAUAUCUCUUCAUUUUUCAUAGAAAUCUCUUCACAACUGCCAGAGGUCGACUGUUAUAUCACUACAUACCAUUCGUGGUCAUCAUUGUCUAUCUCGCUCUCUUCUACAUUGGAGUUAUUUUCAUCUAUCCAUGUGAUGCACAGUUCGAUUUCAGUCAACCACUCUGUGGAUUCCCAUGUUACACUACACAAGCAGUCAUCUCAUUCUAUGAUCUGUUUGCUCACAGUUUCUGUCCGAUGUUUGUGGAUGUUUUACUUAACAUAGUGCUGAUCAUUCGUGUGCUGUAUCGAAAACGAGUUGGUCUCUUGCAACAACGCCACCACCAUCACGCUAAAGAAUGGCAACAAAAUUGUAAAAUGAUAGUUCAACUACUGUUCAUCACGUGUACAUAUUUGAUGUUUCAAGUGCCUUUUGAUGUGAUAGUGAUGCUGCUGGUGUUUGUUAGUUUACCGGAAUGGAUAAUUCGUGUGCAAGCGCUGUAUUUUUAUUAUUUUUUCUGGUUAUUGACAUUAGUUUUACCACUCGUGUGCAUGAUAUGCUUGCCAGAAGUGAUGAAGAAAAUGAAGACUUCUUUAUCACAAAGAUUAAGGCGAGAUAAUACAAUAUCACCUAUGAAUCUAACUCGACGUUGA